UAUGCAGCUUUCGAGGAUCUGUCCCUCAAGGCUUGGUCCUAGAAAUAGGAGAAACGGUCCAGAUUCUUGAGAAGUGUGAAGGUUGGUACCGAGGUGUGUCAACAAAGAAGCCAAAUGUAAAGGGGAUCUUUCCUGCAAAUUACAUUCACUUGAAAAAGGCAAUUGUCAGUAAUAGGGGGCAGUAUGAAACUGUGGUUCCACUAGAAGAUUCUAUUGUAACUGAGGUUACAGCAACUCUACAAGAAUGGGCCAGUCUGUGGAAACAACUAUAUGUGAAACACAAAGUAGAUCUUUUCUACAAACUACGCCAUGUGAUGAAUGAACUUAUCGACCUGCGAAGGCAGCUGCUAUCAGGUCACCUGACUCAGGAUCAGGUGCGGGAAGUUAAACGGCAUAUCACUGUGCGCCUGGACUGGGGUAAUGAACAUUUGGGCCUGGACCUGGUGCCUCGAAAGGACUUUGAAGUAGUGGAUUCGGAUCAAAUUAGUGUCUCAGAUCUCUAUAAAAUGCAUUUAUCUAGCCGGCAGAGUGUACAGCAAAGUACAUCCCAGGUAGAUACAAUGCGCCCACGUCAUGGGGAAACCUGCCGGAUGCCAGUACCACAUCACUUCUUCCUCAGUCUGAAAAGUUUCACCUACAAUACCAUCGGGGAAGAUACUGAUGUCUUCUUUUCCUUGUAUGACAUGAGAGAAGGCAAGCAGAUAAGUGAGCGGUUUCUGGUGAGACUGAACAAGAAUGGUGGGCCAAGGAACCCAGAGAAGAUAGAACGAAUGUGUGCCCUUUUUACAGAUCUGAGCAGCAAAGAUAUGAAGAGGGAUUUAUAUAUAGUUGCCCAUGUGAUCCGAAUAGGUCGGAUGCUCUUGAAUGACUCAAAGAAAGGCCCUGCCCACCUGCACUACCGGCGACCAUAUGGCUGUGCGGUCCUGAGCAUCCUGGAUGUCCUACAGUCACUCACGGAAGUAAAGGAAGAAAAGGAUUUUGUGCUUAAGGUUUACACGUGCAACAAUGAAAGCGAGUGGUCCCAGAUCCAUGAGAACAUCAUCCGAAAGUCAAGUGCCAAGUACUCUGCCCCCAGCGCCAGCCACGGUCUUAUCAUUUCUCUGCAGCUUCUUCGUGGAGACAUGGAACAGAUCCGGAGAGAAAAUCCCAUGAUAUUUAAUAGGGGAUUGGCAAUUACAAGGAAAUUGGGAUUUCCUGAUGUCAUCAUGCCAGGUGAUAUCCGUAAUGACCUGUACCUGACCUUGGAGAAGGGAGAUUUUGAGAGAGGGGGAAAGAGUGUCCAGAAGAAUAUUGAGGUGACCAUGUAUGUGCUUUACGCAGAUGGAGAAAUCUUAAAGGAUUGCAUCAGCUUGGGUUCAGGAGAACCAAAUAGGAGUUCCUACCAUUCCUUCGUCCUCUACCACAGUAAUAGUCCUCGCUGGGGAGAAAUUAUCAAAUUGCCCAUCCCCAUCGACCGCUUCCGGGGCUCCCACCUGCGCUUUGAAUUCAGACAUUGUUCCACAAAGGACAAAGGAGAAAAAAAGCUCUUUGGCUUUGCAUUCUCUCCCCUGAUGCGGGACGACGGCACCACCCUCUCAGAUGAUAUUCAUGAGCUCUAUGUGUACAAGUGUGAUGAGAAUAGCACGUUUAACAACCAUGCUCUGUACCUGGGUCUGCCCUGCUGCAAAGAGGACUACAAUGGCUGCCCUAACAUCCCCUCCAGCCUCAUCUUUCAGCGCAGCACCAAAGAGUCUUUCUCCAUUUCCACACAGCUCUCCUCCACCAAACUCACCCAGAACGUGGAUCUACUUGCUCUGCUGAAAUGGAAGGCCUUCCCAGACCGAAUCAUGGAUAUCCUAGGGCGACUGCGGCAUGUUAGUGGGGAGGAAAUUGUUAAGUUUCUGCAGGACAUUUUAGAUACACUCUUCGUGAUUUUGGAUGAUAAUACAGAGAAGUAUGGCCUGCUGGUUUUUCAAUCUCUGGUAUUCAUCAUCAACCUGCUCCGAGACAUCAAGUAUUUCCACUUUCGACCUGUGAUGGACACGUACAUCCAGAAGCACUUUGCUGGAGCCCUAGCAUACAAGGAGCUCAUCCGCUGUUUGAAGUGGUACAUGGACUGCUCAGCAGAACUGAUACGACAGGACCACAUUCAGGAAGCCAUGCGGGCCUUGGAGUACCUUUUCAAGUUCAUCGUGCAGUCACGGAUCCUGUACUCACGAGCCACAUGUGGGAUGGAGGAGGAGCAGUUCCGGUCCAGCAUUCAAGAACUUUUCCAGUCCAUCCGGUUUGUGCUCAGUCUGGACAGCAGAAACUCAGAAACACUCCUUUUCACUCAGGCUGCACUCCUCAAUUCCUUCCCAACCAUCUUUGAUGAGCUGCUACAAAUGUUCACCGUGCAAGAGGUGGCAGAGUUUGUGAGAGGGACACUGGGGAGCAUGCCCAGCACUGUGCACAUCGGGCAGUCAAUGGAUGUCGUGAAGCUUCAGUCUAUCGCCAGAACCGUGGAUAGCCGCCUGUUUUCUUUCUCAGAAUCCCGCCGCAUCCUGCUUCCUGUGGUUCUCCAUCACAUUCACCUUCACCUGAGACAGCAGAAAGAGCUGCUUAUCUGCUCAGGGAUUCUCGGCAGUAUCUUCUCCAUCGUCAAGACCAGCUCUCUGGAGACAGAUGUCAUGGAGGAGGUGGAGAUGAUGGUGGAGAGCCUCCUAGACGUGCUCUUGCAGACUCUGCUCACCAUCAUGAGCAAAUCGCACGCUCAGGAGGCGGUAAGAGGGCAGCGAUGCCCGCAGUGCACAGCUGAGAUCACUGGCGAGUAUGUGUCCUGCCUUCUCUCACUGCUCCGCCAGAUGUGUGACACCCAUUACCAGCACCUCCUGGACAACUUUCAGAGCAAAGAUGAACUCAAGGAGUUCCUGCUGAAGAUUUUCUGUGUGUUCCGGAACUUGAUGAAGAUGAGUGUCUUCCCUCGGGACUGGAUGGUGAUGAGACUGCUCACAAGCAACAUUAUAGUCACUACUGUCCAGUACCUGUCCUCAGCACUGCACAAGAAUUUCACAGAGACAGACUUCGACUUUAAGGUCUGGAAUUCUUAUUUUAGCCUGGCAGUUCUGUUCAUAAAUCAGCCAAGCCUCCAGCUAGAAAUUGUCACUUCAGCCAAGAGGAAGAAGAUUCUAGAUAAAUAUGGGGACAUGCGUGUGAUGAUGGCUUAUGAACUGUUCAGCAUGUGGCAGAAUUUGGGUGAACAUAAGAUCCACUUUAUUCCGGGAAUGAUUGGUCCUUUUUUGGGUGUGACACUGGUCCCACAGCCAGAAGUGCGGAAUAUCAUGAUCCCCAUCUUUCAUGACAUGAUGGACUGGGAACAGAGGAAAAAUGGCAACUUCAAACAGGUGGAGGCCGAGCUGAUUGACAAGCUGGACAGUAUGGUUUCAGAAGGGAAAGGUGAUGAAAGCUACAGGGAGCUCUUCGGCCUGCUAACCCAGCUGUUUGGGCCCUACCCCAGCCUGCUGGAGAAGGUUGAACAGGAAACAUGGCGCGAGACCGGCAUUUCCUUUGUGACCUCAGUCACCCGCCUCAUGGAACGCCUCCUUGACUACAGGGACUGCAUGAAAGGAGAGGAAACAGAGAAUAAGAAGAUUGGCUGUACUGUUAACCUGAUGAACUUUUACAAAUCUGAGAUUAACAAAGAAGAGAUGUAUAUCCGCUAUAUCCAUAAGCUCUGUGACAUGCACUUGCAGGCCGAAAACUACACAGAGGCUGCAUUCACCCUGCUCCUCUACUGUGAGCUACUACAGUGGGAGGACCGGCCGCUACGGGAAUUCCUCCACUACCCAUCCCAGACAGAGUGGCAGCGGAAAGAGGGACUGUGCCGGAAGAUCAUCCACUACUUCAACAAAGGCAAGAGCUGGGAGUUUGGGAUUCCACUGUGCAGGGAGCUGGCGUGUCAGUACGAGAGCCUCUACGAUUAUCAGAGCCUCAGCUGGAUCCGGAAAAUGGAAGCCAGCUACUAUGACAACAUCAUGGAGCAGCAGCGCCUGGAGCCUGAGUUCUUUCGGGUCGGCUUCUAUGGCAGGAAAUUUCCCUUCUUCCUUCGAAACAAAGAGUAUGUGUGCCGAGGCCAUGACUACGAACGGCUGGAGGCCUUCCAACAAAGGAUGCUCAGUGAGUUCCCACAGGCUGUCGCCAUGCAGCACCCCAACCACCCCGAUGACGCCAUUCUUCAAUGCGACGCCCAGUAUUUGCAGAUCUAUGCAGUGACACCCAUUCCAGAGUAUGUAGAUGUCCUGCAGAUGGAUAGGGUCCCAGAUCGUGUCAAAAGCUUCUACCGUGUCAACAAUGUAAGGAGGUUCCGCUAUGACAGGCCUUUUCACAAAGGCCCAAAGGACAAGGAGAAUGAAUUCAAGAGCCUGUGGAUCGAGCGUACCACCCUGACCCUGACCCACAGCUUGCCUGGCAUCUCUCGAUGGUUUGAAGUGGAACGGAGGGAACUGGUGGAGGUGAGCCCUUUGGAGAAUGCCAUCCAGGUGGUUGAGAAUAAGAACCAGGAGCUGCGGGCCCUGAUUAGCCAGUAUCAGCACAAGCAGGUGCACGGCAACAUCAACCUGCUCAGCAUGUGCUUGAACGGCGUCAUCGACGCAGCUGUCAAUGGGGGCAUCGCGCGCUACCAGGAGGCCUUCUUUGACAAAGAUUACAUCACCAAGCACCCAGGAGAUGCUGAGAAGAUCACCCAGCUCAAAGAGCUCAUGCAGGAGCAGGUCCAUGUCCUUGGCGUCGGGCUGGCAGUACACGAGAAGUUUGUGCACCCAGAAAUGCGGCCUCUGCAUAAGAAACUGAUUGAUCAGUUCCAGAUGAUGCGGGCCAGCCUCUACCAUGAAUUUCCAAGUUUGGACAAGUUAAGCCCUGCAUGCUCAGGCACCAGCACCCCACGGGGAAAUGUUGUGGCGUCCCAUAGUCCCAUGAGCCCUGAGAGCAUCAAGAUGACCCACCGGCACAGCCCCAUGAACUUGAUGGGCACAGGCCGCCAUUCAUCAUCUUCCCUCUCCUCACACACAUCUAGCGAAGCAGGAAACAUGGUGAUGCUGGGCGACAGCGCCAUCGGUGAGGCUCCUGAGGACCUGUACCACCACAUGCAGCUCACAUAUCCCAACCCCAGGUACCAGGGCUCAGUCACCAACGUGUCUGUUCUGUCCUCGUCCCAGGCAAGCCCGUCUUCCUCCAGCCUGAGUUCUACUCACUCAGCACCAUCCCAGAUGAUUACCUCUGCCCCUCCCAGUGCCCGAGGCUCUCCCUCUCUGCCAGAUAAGUACCGUCACACCCGAGAAAUGAUGUUGCUGCUGCCCACACACCGGGACCGCCCAAGCAGUGCCAUGUAUCCUGCAGCCAUCCUGGAGAAUGGACAGCUGCCAAAUUUCCAGCGGGCACUGUUCCAGCAAGUGGUUGGACCCUGCAAACCCUGCAGUGAUCCCAAUCUGUCUGUGGCUGAAAAAGGUCAUUACCUACAUUUUGAUGCCUUCCAUCACCCCCUGGGUGACACCCCCCCUGCCCUCCCUGCCCGGACCCUUCGAAAGUCUCCUCUCCACCCUAUCCCGGCCUCCCCCACAAGCCCCCAGUCGGGCCUGGACGGAAGCAACUCGACGCUGUCCGGCAGUGCCAGCAGCGGCGUGUCCUCCUUGAGCGAGAGUAACUUUGGGCACUCCUCGGAGGCCCCACCUCGUACCGACACCGUGGACUCCAUGCCCAGCCAGGCGUGGAAUGCCGAUGAAGAUCUCGAGCCAUCCUACCUCCCCGUCCACUACAGCCUCUCCGAGUCCACCGUCCUGGACUCCAUCAAGGCCCAGCCAUGCCGAAGCCACUCAGCCCCGGGGUGCGUCAUCCCUCAGGAUCCCAUGGACCCACCUGCGCUGCCGCCCAAGCCCUACCACCCCCGCCUGCCAGCCCUGGAGCAUGACGAAGGCGUCCUGCUUCGCGAAGAGGCGGAGAGGCCCCGGGGCUUGCACCGCAAGGCCUCAAUGCCGCCUGGGAGCAGCAAGGAGGAGCAGGCACGCAUGGCCUGGGAGCACGGCCGAGGGGAACAGUGAGGGGCGGGGAGGCGGCUGGGACGCCGCCCUCAGUGAGCAGCUUGCCCAACCACUCCAGGUCUGAAAAUCAAGUCCGCUGCUGCCCCUUCACCCCAGGGAGCCAGAGAGGCCUGGCACUCAGGAGAGAACCACCCUGUCUCCGUUCUACUGCCGUGAACUCGUGUGUUGCCAUGUACAGAGGCCGCAGCAGCAUGAGGGUUGUGGCUUCUCUUUUUAUUUCAUUUUCUACAUUUCCAUUUCUAUGGGUUUUCCUUUCCUUCCUUUGUGCAGUAGAUGCUUUCUUCCUCCUGCAGUUUCAGACAUGGAGCUAUAUGGAGAUAUAGCACAGACUGAAUCAUUUUGCAGCACUGCAGAGCCCAGGGCUAGAGCCCAGGCCGGCCCUCCAGGGUGGAGAUGCACAGAAGAAUGGAAAUUGCACUAGGGAUCUCUUUCUUUGCUGUGUGGACAGAAAAGCUCAUGGUUGCAUUCAGGGAUUGCUAAGACUGCAUGGACUACAUGGCACAGGUGGAUGAGGGGCUACAAGCUGUUUUGCACAAAUGCCUGCCUGCCUGACCACUCUUCCAUCCAGGAGUGUGCAGCCGAGGGGCUUGCCAGCCAACCUGCCAGCCUAGGCGUGUGACCUGGCUCAGCUGCACGCCUGGGGCACAUUGCCAGGCUUCCAUGGGCCAACCCUGCCUCCUCCUCCACCUUGGAUUUUUCUCUCCAUCACUUUGAGUUUUGACCAUUUGCUCCCUACUCUCAAUACACCUCAUACCCACAGGAGCCCCCAUGAUGAAUGGAUCUGCAAGGGCAGCUUCCACCCUCUGGGCGCUGAGGGCAUUGUGGAAGACGGAGGGGCUCCCCCAACCAUCUUCCGGGGAGAGCUGGGUCCCACCUCAGGGCCCAAGAGGCCACAUAUUGAGGGCCAAGCUGGUGUAGGAGUGAAGCUGGGGUGUUGCAAAGGCCAGAUCCCCUGAGCUUUCAGAAGUGGUCAGAAUGCCUGUCACCCAGCUCCACAAUCAGGGAUUUUCAGCACUACCUCCGAGCCAUGGGGCCGGCUGCCCAGCCAGGCUUCCAGGCCUGAGGACAUGUAGUCAGGUACAGCAAGCUCCUGGAUGACUCGGGGUAGUAAGCUGCACCUUUUGGAAGAAAAGGGUCGUGCAGGUAGAAUUGUCAUCUCCCAAGUGGCCAAGUAACUUUGGGCACUCCUUGCUCCAGGCCCGUGGGGACCACUACUCAGGGUUCAGGGCGGGCAGGAGGGAAGUUUCUCCAGCCUCCCCAGUCUGUUGGGCAGAGUGCAGUGGCGUCUUCAUAGGAAACUUUCAGGUCAGGGCACUGAUUUUCCUCUUGGUUUAUUAUUUGGGGUGACAGGGUUUGGGUGGGGUAACAGUAUUUUAUCAGGGUGCUUUUAAAUUACUUAAAACAAAAAAAAGUCUACACACAAAAUGUUUUGUUUUUUCCUUCAUUUGCUCGAGUUCACUUUAGUGUGAGCCAGGGCCUUGGAUGGUUACAAGACUGCUUUCUUGUUGAACAAGCAUGUUGCCCCCAGUUUCUCCCUCGCUUUCCUGUCUGGCCUCCAAGCCUGGGCCCUGGGCCCUCACCCCACAGCCCCUCUUUCCAAACAGAAAAGGCCAUGGUCAGGGUGUUUUUCUCUAAUAUACAAACACCAGCUUAUUUAAGAAUGCCAGCAAGUAACUCAUUGGGAAAGAUGGAGGGCCACAUUCCCUUCAGGGAGCCCAGGGGUGUUUAUCACCAGUGUCCAUCCUGAUACUGUAAGGAUUAUGCCAGGCAGAGCGGGGCAAGAGGUUGUUGAGGAUGUGGGUCAAUCAUGGCAGUCCCUGACCCUGGAGGCAGGCCUGCUUCUGAGCCUGGAUUCACCUGCAAACUUCAGUCCCUGGACAAUUUGGUGUUCACAAGUGUUAAGAGGCCUGGGGGCUAGCUUUGAAUCUAAUCCUUGGGUAGGAGGAGAGGGCAUCUUUAGAUUUUAAGGCACCUGUGAACCUCUGUCCCUAGACAAGGCUGUCAUCCCCUACUCCACUUGGUGGCAGGGGAGGGUACUGAGGGAAGUGUGAGUUUGUUCUUGCUUUUGAAGGUGAAACUGGUUUGUGCUUUCCCUCCUGUCCCCCAACCAGAUGAAAAGGACACAUUCCAAUCCCUUUUGUUGGAGAAUCAGCCAGUGUUGGGGGGGGGGGGGGGCGUGGAAAGCCAAGAAGAGAAUCCUUUGAAAAGAAUGUGAAAUACUGACUUUCAUUCUUUCAAGCUUACUUGUAAAUACCUAUUUGAAUGCUGUGUAUUUGUACAGGAAUUUGAGCAAAAAAUGUAUAGAGUGUGAUGUCCAAUUGGUAUUCAGCCCUAUAAAUGUGUUUUUAAUCUCUGGCAUUCUGUGCUUAUUUAAAACAAGAAAACUUCUAACCAUUUCUUUUGUGUGUUCAUGUUUAAAGAAAAAGUUAUUUUAAAAUGAACUUACCUGUACCAGAAAGCAAAGUUAAAAGAAAAAAAUUUGUACCAGUGUCCCAAGAGGUAUUUUACUGUAUAUAUUGUAGUAGCAUGUUCUCAAUCCAACAAGCAAGUAAUGUGAAUUUUAGAUGUACAUAUCUACCACUUGGUUUCCCCACCCCCACCCCCUUGACUGCUGUGAUGUGAAUUAAAGAUGAAUACCUGAUACUGA